AUGAGCUUAUAUAAUAUACCUCCCUCACUUGACAAGUCAUUCUCCGCACCACAGCUACAAGUCGAGUCUCAAGCACCAAUCAACUCAACAUCCUACAACGAAAUGGUCUCCUGCAUCUACCCAGUCAGCGGCCAAUACAGACUCCUCCCACGACUCUUAUGCUACACCUCCCUCUUCUUCGCCGUCGUAGCAAGACGACAACUGUGGCUAGUCACAGGAGCCCUUUGCUCCGCAAUGAUUCUCGGUUCCACAGCAGUAAUUCACGUUUUCGUUAUCCUAUUCGCUUCGGGAACUGAUCCCGCAGUUUUCGACAGCGAUAUGGUACCUCUCAGUCUUUUGCUACUUGUUGGAGCGAUGUUUCCUGGUCCAGUAGUGGAUUUUUCAAAAACUGUUAGAAAAUCGGGCGCAAGACCGAUUAUUUUCAUGUGGGGUCUUUGGAUGAUGGUAGGGACUAUUACUUGUAUGUCGGGACUGGUAAAUCUGGUGCUUGGGAAAUCAUUCACUCCCACGGCGGAAAACCAACAAGAACUACCAUUUGCGCCAAUCAUAGCUGAUUCCCCAGACAUGUAUUUCCGACACAAGAGCUCGCAAAUUAUUUGCGUGGCUAUGGAUGAGCUUAAUACCACCACGAUUCUACAAUCUCCAAUACAAUUACACAACCCAAGUCUCCAUUUCAAUUGCACAUACUCCUGCUUUAGCGCGAAAACAUCCGCCAUCCGAGGGGCUGGUGAAAUCCAAACGAUUCCUUUUACCACGCUUCACGGUCGAUAUUUCUCAACGCUGUGGUGUAUAG